AUGUUGUCCAAAUCUUCUGAGCUGAUACAAAUUGAUCUGGAUGUGUAUCAUUAUUCUUUUGAUGACCUUAUCAAGCCUGACAAGAACAAAGUUGUGGAACAAGGCUCGAUACAAGAACUACGAUUCUGUG